AGUGACCGGAUCUGAUCAAUCUGACCAAUGUCACCAAUCUGCCAAUGUUUGAACGCGCUUCCAUUACCGAACAAAGUAAUAAGACACAAGUCAUUCUUCUCAUAACCUUCUCAAAACCUUCUCAUCUUGGCCUUUCUCUUGUCUAGCAAACAACGCGAGAAAACCGUACUAAUAGAAUGCGAUAUCCCACAUAGCCCUGAAGUGGCCCUUUCUCUCCCUUUCCCCUUUCCCCUUUCUUAUUAUGUCUUCCAAGAAGAAACUCGCCGACUUCCCCGAUCUCGAGGCGAAGCUCCAAAAGCCAUCGAAACAAUCCGCGUUCGAAAAACAGAAGGCCGAUGCCGAAGCUAAACGAAAGAGGGAAGCUGCCGAAACAGCCGCAGUAUACGAGAGCUUUGUGAAGAGCUUCGACCACGAUGACGACGACGACGAUGCGGGCGCUACCGCGGACCAACACAACGCGUUCGGUGCUCGUCAGCAGGGUGGCUAUUUCGGUCGAGAAGGAGGUAGAGGCCCACCACCGAAGAGACAUUUCGGUGCUGGGCUUGGCGCCCCGUCCGGGUUGAAGAGUGGUCCUGGGUCUUUGGGUCCCGCGCCGACACCAUUUGUUAAUAAGAGGAGGUUCGAGACGAAUACAAAUCAGCAAGGGUUCGGUAGAAGAGGUGCAGAUGAUACACGAGGUCGACUCGGAUUCCACGAUGACGAUACUAGUGAUGGUGGCCGCGCGCCAAAGCCGAAGGGUAUCUCGAAGGUAUUCGAUACGAGCGAUGACGAGGCCGACCCAAGAUCUAGGGACUUAGCUGAGCAGAAGGCUAUUGCGAAACCGACACUCCGUCUUUCUAACCUCCCACCAGUAACUUCGCCUGCAGUUAUCAAGGCCCUAAUGCCGGCGAGUCUAACCAUAGAAAAUGUCAAGAUCCUACCGCCCAGCGCCUCGGGGACUUCAGAGAGGAAAUCUAUAGCAGCAAUUGUUACACUGUCCAAAGAGACGCCCGCAACCGACAUCGACGCUGCGGUCAGCUCACUCCAGAAUCGGUACUUAGGCUAUGGCUUCUACCUAUCACUACAUAGACAUUUAUCGUCGGCCGUAACGUCUACUGCGGUCACAUCGAGUUUCACGUCCUCGGCAACCUCUCAACCCUUUGGCGCAAAGCCGGUUCCCCAGGCCAAUGGUAAUAAUCCUCAUCAUCCAGGCGGUUUCCAACGCGGCUUUGCUCCACCAACAUCCUACGAACCAAGUGGAGGCCCGAUAAAUCGAGUAUUGCUACACGUUCCAGUCCAAGCGCCAAGAGAUAUUAAACAACUUCAGCUUAUCCACAAAGUCGUCGAAUCGGUAUUGGCGCAUGGCCCAGAGUUCGAAGCAUUGCUGAUGUCGCGACCUGACGUACAAAGAGAAGAGAAAUGGGCCUGGCUCUGGGAUGCGCGCAGCGAAGGUGGAGUUUGGUAUCGAUGGCGGCUAUGGCAGGUUAUCACGGGCGGUGAUGCUAGUGCUGGGAAAAGGAAAUACAUACCACUUUUCGAAGGUAGCCAUGCAUGGAGGAUACCCAAGAAAGAUUUGUCAUAUGAAUAUGCUACCGCUAUUGACGAAUUUGUAUCCGAUCCGGAGUAUAACUCGUCUGACGAGGAGGACUACGACGACGAUGGGCAAAGAGCAACAGAUAGGGACGACAACGACGAAGUCACGUACUUAAAUCCACUCGACAAAGCGAGGCUAACACACCUACUGGCUCGCCUACCGACGACAUUAACGAGAAUACGGAAGGGCGAUGUUGCCAGGGUGACUACUUUCGCAAUCACCCAUGCGAGUAGGGGGGCGGAUGAGAUAGUGGAUAUGGUCGUGGAAAACGUAGUCAGGCCAUUCUCAUUGACGUCGGCAAACCCCGAGUACAGCAGAGCUAGCAAGGAUUCGGAAGACCAUGGCGAGUCGCACAACUCGACGCCUUUCCCCGAAGACUCGGGCACGAAGCCCACCGAUAUCCAGGAUACAAGCGCCGCAAGCCUUAUCGGGCUAUACGUUGUGAGUGACAUCCUCUCAGCUGCUGCGGCAAGCGGUGUACGACAUGCCUGGCGGUUCCGUCAACUCUUCGACACGUCACUUAAGGAUGGCAAAGUUUUUGAAAACUUGGGCCUCAUGGCAGAACGUCUUAAUUGGGGUCGUCUCAGGGCAGAUAAAUGGAAACGGAGUGUUAAACUGGUACUGAGUUUAUGGGAGGGAUGGUGCGCAUUUCCACAUGAGAGCCAGCAGCUUUUCACCGAAACUUUCGAGAACCCGCCUAGCGCAAAGAAGGAGGAGCAGGUGGACGAAGUAGCCAAGAAGAAUAAAUGGAAAACACUGGAGACUGGUGGCUCGGGCGUUGUCCAGAGCGAAACCAGGGGAUUUGUGCCAUUGUCUGCGAGCACGGAGGUGCGCAAUAAUGAUGAGUUCAGGGGAGAGGAUGAUAAAGUGGAUGGUGAAGUUAUGGAUGAGUACAUGUCUAUGGACGAGGAAGAUCUUGAUACCGAUAUUGAUGGAGUUCCGAUGGAUGAUAGCGAAGAUGGGGAACCUAUGGACGAGACUGGCCUGGGUCUUGCGGAACCAGAUAAAUCUGGUAAAUCCUCAGAAAUUCGCAACGAAGAAAACGAGAGGCGGCAGGGCGGCGAAGAUAUUGGAAACCCCGAAACGAGCGGCUCAUCUAAGGAGCAAGCGGCGGCUGCCCAACAGCCUAGGAGACGUAUGAGAGCUGUGGACAUGUUUGCUGACUCCGAUAACUCCGAUAAUGGGACAUGACGAUAUGAUACAUGUAGUCAUUGAUGAGGGCGAUUGGUCUCGGUUGGCGAAGGAGCUUGCUGUCUUGGUACAUAAGGCUUAGUGGUGGAAGGAUCCUGUAUGAGCUGCGUUGAGAGCAUAAUCGAAUAUACAACAGCUUCGAAGAAAGGGAUUAAAACCCACUAAUUACUGGUUGUCAUUCUCAACCAGGAGGACAAGCUGUAUCAUGAAGCCUAAGACGCGAAUAUGGUCGGGAGUAAAGCUUCAGACAUAUCUAUCUGGCUUACAUAGCUCUAUAAAUUCAACGAGUCUCCUAUCUCCAAAUUUUCUGGUCCAUCGGCUAUAGACACCUACACAACUUGGAAUAUGGGUCAUGCUAUCUCACUGUGAUAUACAACCUGUUCUACUCAACAUUCAAUGGUAUCAGAGAUACCUACAACAAUUUCGUCACUGAUGUCCUCGAGGUAUAGAUGUAUCCCUUUAUAGUUUGCGGCGAAACUCAAUUCCAACGACAAAAGAGCCGGUCGUUACAUAGGAGAUAUUGAAGUUGAAUCCAUUGUUGUCUUCAGGAAACCAAGGAUAUCACUAAUAAAUAUCGUCUAUCUGAUUCACAGGUUCCAGGAUAUACUCAAUAACAGGUAUUAGUACCUAGGUACUCCCAUUGAUGAACAUAGGCGACUGCAUCCGACAAACUUGCAACAAUCACGAGCAAGCUCCUCCCUAAGAUAGAGUUUCG